CUAGAAUGUGCAGCUGAAUGUAAAGCAGAGGAGUUUCGAUUUCACUGCUAAAACUUUCUGUAGAUCUGCAGAAUCCGCUAAAUUUCUUCAUUCGUCGCUUUCACGUAUCCUGAUUUGCUGUUAUUCUACUCUGUUAUCAUGAGUUACAGGAGGGAUCACAGAGGCUCGAGGUCUGCCCUUUUUGAUAACAUGGACACCCUUGAAGCGGGUGGACUCAGGGCCUCUUCAUCAUAUUCAAGUGGCUUGGAUGAUCACAACAAUGAGCAAACUAUGGAUAGUUUGCAUGAUAGAGUCAGCUUUUUAAAACGUGUACGGGGGGACAUACAUGAGGAGGUGGAGACUCACAACCGUAUGCUAGAUAGAAUGGGCAAUGCGAUGGAUGCAUCAAGAGGAAUUAUGUCAGGAACAAUGGAUCGUUUUAAAAUGGUGUUUGAAAAGAAAUCAAUUAAGAGAAUCUGCAAACUUGCAGGAUAUUUUGUGAUUUCUUUCUUUGUGCUGUAUUAUGGGAUUAGGUGA